AUGGCCCGGCAGUUGAUCGGGCCAGAUGUCGUGGUACCUCCACUUCCACCAUCUUCCAACUUCCGCCAAUCCGAGCGGAAUGUAGACCAGCAGGGGGACAAGCAGGUGGAAAAGCCGAAGGCGAUGGAAAUCCUGCGAACUGAAAAAGAGGAGGCAUGCUGCCUGGAGGCAGAGAUGACAGCGGUCAGACCGGGCCGACGCCGCUGCGUCGGUUGGCGAGGAACGCAGCCAGACGGACCAGCGUCGGUGAACCCGAAGGGCGAGAAGGGGCCACCCGAAAUCCACCCGUUGGUCUUCGACUGGAAGCGAGUCCCCAAGGGUGAACGACUGGGGUGUGAGACGACCACGCGCCGGAUGGACGCAGAUCACGUGGUCUUCUUCGACUCGGAGCCGGACCUCGAGCCCGAGCGUGGGCAGCAGAUCUUGCGGGUCAUCUUCAUCCACUUCGCCGGCAUCAACACGCCAGCUGGCGCGAAAGCGCUCAUGUGUUGCCCCAACGUCCAGCACCUGUAUAUGGUCGCGCUCACCCGACAGCAGGCGUCGGGCUACGUGAAGGAGAUGGUGAAGUACCUGCAGCUGAAUGAGAAGAGCUUGAGGAUGGUACACUUUCAGGAUCAGAUCGUGAAGGGAUCUGACUUGUGA